CUGGGAGAGGCUGAGGUGGGACUCAGUGGGGUCUGUGGACGCAGAAGCAAAGUGUUUAGAGACGUGGUACCGUGGUUUGCUCCAGUGGUGAAGAGCGAGGCCAUCGCCAGGUUCUAGUCCAGGGGAACGAGGCAUUAUUGGUCCUAGAAGGAGGAGGUUCCAGGCCUGGGAGAUCAUCAUUUCUGGCAGCAGCCUGACCUGAGAUACCUUGACUAUAUCUUCUGGGCAGGCCCAGAGCAGACAGAAGACAGAGCAUAUCCUGGAGUUUCUAGCCCUUUUUUAAGAACAGGAGAAAAUGACCAAGGCCCAGGCACCGUUAUCAUUUGAGGACGUGGCCGUGAGCUUCUCCCGGGAGGAGUGGCGGCUCCUGGUCCCUGCCCAGAAGGACCUGUACCGGGACGUGAUGCUGGAGAACUACAGGAACCUGGUGUCAGUGGGAUACCAAGCCAGCGAACCAGAUUCACUCUUCCAGUUGGAGCAUGGAGGACCACUGUGGGCAGUAGAGGGAGCAGCUCCGAGGCCACCCUGUCCAGAAGAAAUAUGGGAGAUUGACCAUAUGCAGUGGCAACCAGAAAACCAAAACGAGAUUAAAACUUUGGAAAGAUGUCAGCAAAAUUAUGCACUUGGAAAUAAUUUCAAUUUAUGCAAAAGUCUUGUUCCUUUAACACAAAGACACAAUAAAUUUGGUUCACAUUGUAAAGGUUUGAAAUCACAUUUAGGUUUUGUUCUCCAGAAUAGAAGAUAUGCAGGAGAAGAUCGUGAUGAGUUUAGUGGAUAUGGGAAAUCCUCUGUCUACAUCCAACAGGAUACAACUCUUACUGGAAUUAAAUGCACUAAAUCACAGCUCGGUGAACAUCAAAAAACUUACGCAGAAGAGAAACCACACGAAUGCAGUGAGUGCGGUAAGGUCUUCUCCAGGAAGGCACAGCUCAUUAGACAUCAGAGAACUGAAAGAGGAGAAAAGCCCCAUGGAUGCAGUGAAUGUGGGAAGACAUUCAUGAGGAAGAUUCAGCUCACUGAACACCAGAGAAUUCAUACUGGAGAGAAGCCCCAUGAGUGUAAUGAAUGUGGAAAAGCGUUCUCUAGGAAGUCACAGCUUAUGGUACAUCAGAGAACUCACACAGGAGAGAAACCCUAUGGAUGCAGUGAAUGUGGAAAAGCCUUCAGCAGGAAGUGCCGGCUCAAUAGACACCAGCGAUCUCACACUGGAGAGAAGCUCUAUGGAUGCAGCGUGUGUGGGAAGGCCUUUUCCCAGAAGGCAUACCUCAUUGCACAUCAGAGACUUCACACAGGAGAAAAGCCUUACGAGUGCAGUGAAUGUGGAAGAACUUUCUUUUUUAAGUCAGACCUGACCAAGCAUCAGAGAAUUCAUACAGGAGAGAAACCUUAUGAAUGCAGUGAGUGCGAAAAAGCCUUCAGGAGCAAGUCAAAGCUCAUUCAGCAUCAGCGAACUCAUACUGGAGAGAGGCCGUAUGCAUGCAGUGAAUGUGGCAAAGCCUUUGCCCACAUGUCAGUCCUCAUGAAACAUAAGAAAACUCAUGCAAGAGACAAAACUAUAAAUUCACUGAAAGUGGAAAAACCUUCCUCAGGGAGUCAUAGCUCUUUAUACGUGAGUAAACUUGCCCAGGAGCAAAACCAGAUGAACACGGUGCCUGUGGAAAUACCUUCUUCGGGAACUCAGCCCUUGUUAAACCUCAGUGAGCUCCUUGGGGGUAGAAAUGUAGUGUUUGUGGAACAGCCUUUUCUAAGAAGUCAGGCCUCAGUAAGUAAUCUGGAGUUUGCACAGGGAAUAUGUCUUGCAAAUGCAGUGAAUGUGACCACACCUUCUGUAAUAAAUUAUGUCUUAUAUGUUACAGACAUUGUGUAGGAAAGAAAAUCCUCUGGUACCAGGAUCUAUCUGAUACUAGAAAAGCCUUUAGCAAGAAUCCUCCACACAUUCUAUGUGAGAGCUCAUUUGGGGCAGAAGUGCUGUGGAGGCAGUGGUGGUGGAGGCUACGUCUGUGAGAAUUCAGACUUAUUAAAUAUCCAUGAAAUCCCAGUCCACAGAAAUGCAGCUAUUGUGGGGAACCCGUUUCCCGGAGAUGAUUACCUCCAUUGCUAUCAAAGAAUUCCCACAGGACCAGAACAUGAGGAAAGAAUGUGAUGAUGUUUUCAAUGAUAAGUUGUACCUAAUCACAUGCCAGAGAAGUGUAGAAAGAUAUUAGAGACACUGAAUACAGACAGCAUUUUUAGUAAAAUGUGGAAGAACUCAUAGGAAAGAGAGGCCCCUGAAUGCAAUAAAAGAUGGAAAUUCUAUCACCAAA